GACGCGCAAUAAUCGCGUCACCCGUUACUGGAAGAUAAAGGGUGCUAAAGCAAAAUAAAGGUUACAAAUGAGAAAUGACUAAUGCAUUUACAAGAGGAUAAAAUGAAUUUGAGUUACUUGUUGAAAACAUCUACAUAUCGUUUGAAUUUCCCUAUCUUUACACGUCCAAUUGUUAAUGUAAUAUUCUUUGGUAGUGAUAAUUAUGCAUUACCGCAUCUGCAUGCCUUAGAAAAACACCAAUAUCAUCAUAAUGAUAUUCAGAUCUUGUGUGUAGUUACAACAUCGGAUAAAACACCUGUUGGAUGUCAUUGUAUCCAGAAUAAAAUAGAUCAUGUGAUUUGGCCACGUAAAAUUUCAAACACUUCAAUUGUAACAGACUCUAUAGCUCAAAGAAUAGAUAUAUUAAAAAACCGAUCAUCAGAUAAAUCAGAAAAGUUAUUGGGUAUAAUUGUUUCAUUCGGCCGAUUUCUACCACCAUCACUUCUAUCGUUAUUCAGCUAUGGUUGUUACAAUAUCCACCCUUCUUUAUUGCCACGUUGGAAAGGUUCAUGUCCAUUAUUGUAUACUUUGUUGUCUGGAGAUAGAGUUACAGGGAUUACCUUAUUUCGUUUGGAUCCACAUCAUACAACCUUUGAUUCGGGUUCAGUUUUAUAUCAACAAUCUAUUCAUUUACCGUCUAAUGGGAAUGUGUUGAUAACACCUGAACAAUUGACUACCUACUUAAUUCCUUAUAGUAUCAAAGCUAUGUUUGAGGUUAUCCUACAUCCAAAUUUACCGCAUUUGAUUGGUAUUGAUCAGUCAGUUAUUUCAAAAAAGUUCAACAUACCUGUGUCAUAUGCUCGUAUACCUCAGCAUCAUAUUGGUAUAAUUGACUGGGAGAAACUGUCAGCCAAAGAUAUUAUCCGAUGUUGGUAUGCAUUCCAGGGGAGUUCUGUAGACUUAUCUACAGAACUUUGUUUAUUAAGCACACAGGCUGAAAAAGAAGUAGAUCCAUUGUUCAAAGCCAAUUUCCGUUUAGUUGAAUGUCCUUUUUUAGUCCCAGAAGUUCAUUAUGCCUCCAAGAAUGAUGAUGAAGACAUUGGUAUAUAUUAUGCAAAUUAUGACCCCAAGGUAAUGAAUUAUCUCAAUGAGGCGGCAACUCUUCUCAAUCAACCCUAUUCAUCUUCAUUACCACCUGGAAGUUUUGUAUAUUUACGCUCACAAAUCGAUGCAAAGCAUCAUCCUAUGCCGUUCACUUUUAUAGCCUGUAAACCGAGUAAUUCCAAUCCCGGUGUAGACCAAAAUCAUCGUCACCAUCAUCCGCGGGUAUCAUGGAUAGCUGUUGCUAGUUUCUUAGUCAAUUGGCCAAAUUCUCCAACUAGCCGACAUUUAACAGCUACUGACCUGUAUAAUGGGUAUUUUGUUAAUCAAGCCGGAUUAUUCAAAUUGCCAUCGGUAAAGAGGGAACAAAUUACUCGUCAGUUAGGCGUACGCUAUUUUGGACAGUUUCAGUGUGUAUCCUCCUCCUCACCACCACCAUCAUCUCUGAGUGGCGGUAGUAGGAGUAGUAGUGUUUUCAUAAAGCCUUGGACAGAAUUAACACCGUCUAUACUUCCUUCUGAUUUACAGUUAUCUUGUAGUAUACCAAAUGUUGUACAAAAUGCAAAUAAUAAAUAGUUAACAGUUUGAAUGAUA